AUAACCCAUGAAAUUUAAUUUAUAUCUUCUCGAUCCUUAUGACCCAGAUUCCAGCAGUGAAACUCAAUGAACUCCUGGAGGAUUUCUAUGUCAAUGUGAAGAAAACAGAUGGUUCUUAUUUUCUGGCCACAUCACUUCAUGCCAUCCGUCAGGGAUUAGACCGAAUAGUGAAGAACGCUGGCAUUGGUUUCUCCAUCACAAGUGGAAGCUUCAACUCAUCUACCAAGAAAUUCAAGGAGAAGCUGAAGGUGCUAAGCAAGGCUGGGAUGUCAGGUGCUCGCUCUUGCAACAUCGUCUACUUCUCCCUUUCUGGUGAAGAAGAGAUGUGGAGAAUUGGGUGCUUUGGGGAUGGAAGUCCACUAGCUUUACUAUCCACUGUUGUAAAAUAUAACAGCCAGUUCCUGAAUAUGAGAAUGUUGCAGGAACAUGCUGACUUAAUGUAUGGUGACAUUGAAUUCCUGAAGGAUUCACAGAAUUGGCCUUUUUUUGCCCGGACAGAUAAUGCAAAAAGAGAAAAAGGAAUGGGCUUGAGUCAAGUGUGUCAUAGCCAAAUAUACCACGAGCAUGCCAAAGGGCAGAGGCGGUGUCCCUACUGCCUCUUAUACAAGUACAUGUAUAUCCAUCAUCCACAGUCAACCAGAUCUCCUUUCUGCCUCAUUGCUCGGAAGGACACCGCAGCUAUGGACAAUAUUUGGUAUGAAGAACAGAGGAUGGGAUUGCGCUCGCUAAGAGGGAUUAUCCCCAAACUAGCAAAAAAGAUCAAACUUGAUCAGUAG